UUUUUGUCUCCAUUAUUACCUUGUCUUCAUUUGUUUACUUCCCCCCCCCGUCAUUUAUCAACAAAUCUUGUUUUAUUUAAAGAUCCCUUUCAUCCUCCCUCCUCUAUCUCACAUUUGAUCUGUUAUCGUUUGAUGCCCUUUCCUUUGUCGGAUAUCCACCAAACAUAAUGCCAACAGCUUCUGUGGCUUUUUAAUAACAAAGCUUACAUACGUUAAAGGGUGUUAAACUGGUAUACAAUCGUUCAUAGCACUCACACGAUUUCUGUGUUAUUUGAUGAAGCAAAUUUCUUAUAAUGCCAAACUAAAAGGUUAAAUAAUAUUGUCUUUUUUAGGAAAUGCAACACAUUUUUUAUUUAAAGUUUCGAUACAAAUUAAUUAAAUUAAGGGGGCCAUCUUUAAACCCAAAAGUACUUUGGUCUGCUUAUACGUUCCAUGUUUAAAAAAGCGUAAUGUUUUUUCUAACUACAUUUGGUAACCUGAAAUGUUUCAAAACAUUGGGUUUAAACGGUCUUAUUCAAUCAUUUUCACCGAACAAAUGUACAUUCCAUUUUUCAUCUAUAAGUGGAACUCCUUAUUUAAUGCAACAAAAUAUAUUUCAAAGAAAAACAACACCUUUUUAACACUUUUUUACAUAAUUAGGAUUCAUGUUUUAAGGCAUUGACUAAAAAUGGCCUUCAUUAAAAUCAAAUAAUUGCGUCCAUGUAUUAUCCAUUUAGUUUAAAACUGCUUUAUUGCAUUGAAAAACAAUAAUAUUGAACAACAAAAAAAAUGUUUACCCAAUGGAGGAACCCAAAACACUUAUAAUAAUAAUAAUACAGCAAGAUAUAAAACAAAGCAGACCAUAGAGAAGCAUUGAUGUCAUUCUGGCCAUGCUGGGGUCACUGGAAGAUUCAACACCUGACAGGUACAGUACAACAAAAUACAACAGUUGUGAUUUUCCUAUGGAAGGCAUUAGUUGGAGUUAUGGUAACAUUUUCUAACAAUAAUUUCAUCAUGAUUUGUUACAAAUAUUCUUUAGUUUGCUAUUUUUUCCCAUCAUUUUCUGUGUUUACCAUCCAUCUCCAUGUCCAUAAAUGAGCCCAGGAGCACCUGAGCCGAGCUGCUUCUCUCUCCUCUCCUGCAGUCCAAAGAGCUGCAGAUCAAGCGUCAGUUCCAGGACACCUGUAAGAUCCAGACCCGGCAGUACAAGGCGCUGAGGAACCACCUGCUGGAGAACACGCCCAAGUCGGACCACAAGGCCGUGCUGAAGCGGCUGAAGGACGAGCAGACGCGUAAGCUGGCCAUCCUGGCCGAGCAGUACGACCACUCCAUCAACGACAUGCUGUCCACUCAGGCUCUGCGAUUGGACGAGACCCAGGAAGCGGAGUACAAAGUGUUGCGCAUGCAGCUGCAGCAGGAGCUGGAGCUGCUGAACGCCUACCAGAGCAAGAUCAAGAUCCACACGGACACGCAGCACGACCGGGAGGUGAAGGACCUGGAGCAGAGGGUGUCCAUCCGCAGAGCUCUGCUGGAGCAGAGGAUCGAGGAGGAGAUGCUGUCCCUGCAGAACGAGCGCUCGGAGCGGAUCCGCACGCUGCUGGAGCGCCAGGCCAGCGAGAUCGAGUCCUUCGACUCUGAGAGCCUGCGGCUGGGCUUCAGCAACAUGGCGCUGUCAGGCAUCCCCAGCGAGGCGUACCCCAUGCAGGGGGGCUACCCCAACGUCCCGCCCCCCAGCUCCCGCUCCGUCGGCCACUGGAGCCACGGCAUACACCCGCACAACCUCCCCCCGCAGCACCUCCCCCCGCAGCACCCCUCCGCGCAGCCCACCCCGCCGCAGCCACGCAGCAGCAGCAUCCCGCGCGGCAGCAGCGGCAUCGGGAGCGGCAGCGGGGCGGGGGACCGCCGCAGCGAGGCCUCCUCCUCCUCCUCCCAUGCCCUGGGACUGGCCCUGCAGGGGCUGGGGCGGGACGGGAGGGAGGCGCACCACUCGUCCCGCUCCUCCGCCUCUUCUUCCUCCUCCUCCUCCUCCUCUUCCUCCCACCACCAGCGGCACCACCUGCCCCAGCACUACCACCACCAGAGCACGCCGCAGCUGUACCGCGAGAGGGAGCGGGAUCGAGACCGGGAGAGGGAGCGGGAGAAGGAGCGGGAGCGGGAGUGGGCCGGAGUGCGGGGCUCCGGCGGCGACCUGGCCCACCCUCACCCCCUGCCCUUCUCCCAUCACCUGCCCUCUCGCUCCUCCUCUCAGUCCCUCGGGGGGAUUUACUCCGGAGGGCUGGGUGUGCGGGGGGCCCCCAGCCUCCUGGCGCUGAGGAACAGCCCCCAGCCUCUGAGGAGGACGGCGUCCGGCGGGGGGCCAGGGGGGGCCGGGGGCAGCGAUGGCGUCCUGAGCCGAAGCACCUCGGUCACCUCGCACAUCUCUAACGGAUCCCACCUCUCAUACUCUUAG